CAUUGCGGACGUUAUUAUUUCCUAUCCGAGGGUUCAAAAUUGAAAUAAAAUCCACAGGAAUUUGAGGUGCGAGGGAGGAUGAGUCCAAGAUAGGAUUGUUCAGAGUCUUCAGACCCCAGGGAGGGACAGAGCAAUCCAAAGCAAAAAGGCAGAGACUUUGAUAUCAGAAGCUAUUGGAAAGAGAAGAAGAAGGGUUCCCGAAUACUGUGGGUGUUUCUGAGGAAUGGCAGAGCUUUGCUUGGUGGCUUCACAUGGCUCCCAUCCCGGGCUAUUUGUCCAUCCAACUGAACAAGGAGGCUUAGGCAGGGUCUUUAAGGGUUAUCAACCUUUCCUGACAAACACUGGAUCCUAUCAGGGUUCUUUGCAGCCAUGGUAUUACAAACCAAGGCUGCAUUGGACAGAGGAUCAAUCAAAACCAUCGACUGGCAUGUUGGACAGUAAUGAAUUCUUCAGGGCUGACUCAACUCCUCGAAGACCUCUACUCAUUGAUGUUCAAGACCUUCCUGCCAACUCUCUAUUCUUCAGCUCGGGGAUUGUCAAUCAAUGCAUCAUACGUGAGAGGGUCCUGAGAUACCUCAUGUCUGGACUAAAUGAAGAAGAAAGAGGUGGUGUAGAUUUAGCUUUAUUCUAUGAUUUGGUGGGACCUCAAGCACCAACCCUGCAUAUGCCUCAAGAACCCGUCUUACCUUUUUAUGGGCGGACCUUUCUUGAUUCCGAGGCUCAGCCUUCUCUAGUCUCACUAAGUAGUGAAACUUUGUCUGAGAAACCUCUCUUUGCGGGGGAUGUGGGCCAUGUUUCAGAAAUUACUUAUGACCCGUAUCAUCCUGAUGACCGACUUUCAAUUGCCAGCUCUGGGACUGAGAUGGAGGAUAUACUUACUGCUCUUUCUAAGUUGUACUUGUCAAAGAACUCGAUUAAGUUGAAGAAGCAACAAAUGGUGGUCCCUUACUUUGAUAGGCGGACCAGAAAAGCACCAGGGAAUGAUAUUACUGGAUCACCUCCAAAGUUUGGAACUGUGAAGAGUUCUGAGAAAGUUAAGUAUAAGGCGACUUCGAAUAAAAAGAGCAAUAUGAAAGCUGUAAAAGAGCGGGAACUUUACAGAAAGAACUUGUUCCAUGCAUGCGAAAGCCUUCUCUCGUUGACCGUUGACAAGAAGCUACAUGGGAGAACUGCAAUCCUUUCACUUAAAAAAUCAGGUCCCGAACUGCCAAAGGCUCUCACACAGUUUUCUGCUAGCAUUGCUGGAACUGGUCUUGCUGUUCUCUUUUCAGUUGUCUGCAAAGUAGCCUGUGCUAGGGUACCCUUCUGUGCAUCCAAACUCCUGAACACCGGGUUGGGUAUUGGACUUGUUUGGCUUUCUUGGGCGGUAAAUAGAUUGGGAGACACUGUUAUUUCGAUCAAGAAUUCAAACAAGUUGGAUGUGAGAGAGGAGGAGAUUAUGAAUAAGUUGGACAAAAGCUUAAAAGACAUAUACUUCCGAGCUGCUGCUAUAAUGACCGUGGCUGUUCUUAGGCUCGUAUGAGUUCGAUUUGGAAGUUCUUAGAAGUCCAGUCUGUCCAGUUUGUCGAAGGAAUUAGCAGGGACCAACUUCGUUGCUCUUUACCUGAAACAAUGUAAAUCCGCAUCUAAUCAUUCAACUAAAUUUUGCAGUUUGCUCGGCAUGUGUAACACUAGGGAAAAGGACAUUGCAUCAUGUAUAUGGAACUUUUUGGGCUCGUCGUCUAUUCUGGCUUUCAAGAUUUUGGAUGCGUAGUUGCUUCUUAUUUUGACAGUUGUAAUAGUAUAUCUUAUCUCGCAAGGGAAUGGAUAAUUGAAUACUCGUUUGAAGAUUGGAA